UUUGCUGUCAUUUUAAUCUGUUUGAGCGGGCAUGGGCGUUAAUUGCGUCAAAUAUUUUACCGUGAUUAAUUUAAAAAAUUAAUUAUCGCCCGUUAACGCGAUAAUUUUGACAGCCUAAAUAAAUAUAUGAAUAUUUUUUUAAAUAAAAAAAAAUAGGAAUUUACUGAUAUUUUAUAUGAAUUUGAUCUUUUUAUGAAUGUUUUUAGGAUUGAGGAAUUACUUAUUUUUAGCAGUAUUUUUUUCAAUUAAAUUUUCUAUAUAAGGUAGUUUUGUACUUUGAUUGAAGGGCAACCUUUUCGGGGUGUACCCCGCCUUCUGGCCGUGAUGAGCUGGGAUAGGCUCUGGCACCCCCGCGACCCUCGUGAGGAUAAGUGCUAUGGAAGAUGAAUGAAUGUUUAUGUACGUUUGUUAAAUGUAAAUUCAUUCGUCGUAUUAUUGUUUUUAAUUUUUUUUAAUAUGAGUCUCUUCAUACUGCAGAUAGGUUCGCGUUAACGCUUACUCGUCAGUGUCAUCAUGUCUACUGAGGUCAGUGUGUCUAUCUGUAUUUGUGUGUGUGUGUGUUCUGUCAGAUAAAGCUCAACAGCUGCACCGCAAAUACACACACACACUGUAGGCCGACUCCUCCUAGUCGCCUCCCUCCUUCCCUCGUAACCCGGAAAGCCGUCCAUGCACUUUUCCAGGCGUGGACACACGCACUCGCGUAAGCAGCAAGCGAGGCCUUUCGCUCUUGUGUUUUCUUUUCCUUCACGACGCAGUCGUCCGGCAAGCUUCUGCCUCCGUUUGCUAGACCUAAGAGCGAUUCGAAGCCCUCGCCGCCAUUGCCAUGGAAAUGCCAGGCCAGAGACGCAGCGGGCGCAGCGCCGCCUCGCCGACCCGCAUCACCCGCCUUCAAGAGAAGGAGGACUUGUGCAACCUGAACGACCGCCUGGCCGUCUACAUCGACAAGGUGCGCUCGCUGGAGUCCGAGAACGCCGGCCUGCGUCUGCGCAUCACAGAGUCCGAGUCGCUGGUCAGCCGGGACCUCAGCGGCAUCAAGGCGACCUACGAGGCCGAGCUGGCAGACGCUCGCAAGACCCUCGACCAGGUGGCCAAGGAGCGCGCCCGCUUGCAGCUGGAGCUCGGGAAAGUCAAGGAGGAGUACAAGGAGCUCAAAGCCAGGAACAGCAAGAAGGAGUCUGACCUGGAUGCGGCUUUGGUGCGCCUCCGUGACCUGGAGGCGCUGCUCAACUCCAAAGACGCAGCCCUCAGUACGGCCCUGAGCGAGAAGCGAAAUCUCGAGGUCGAGAUCAAGGAGCUCAAGGCUCAGUUGGCCAAGUUGGACGGCGCCCUGGCCGACGCCCGUCGCCAACUCCAGGACGAGAUGCUCCGCCGCGUGGACGCCGAGAACCGCCUGCAGACGGUGAAGGAGGAGCUGGAGUUCCAGAAGAACAUCUACAACGAGGAAAUCCGCGAGUCCAAGCGGCGUCACGAGUCGCGCAUGGUGGAAAUCGACAGCGGGCGGCAGCAGGAGUUUGAGAGCAAGCUGGCCGAGGCGCUGGCCGACCUGCGGGCUCAGCACGAGGAGCAGGUGGGGCUCUACAAGGCCGAGCUGGAGAAGACGUACAACUCCAAGCUGGAGAACGCGCGUCAGUCGGCUGACAGGAACAGCCACUUGGUGGGCGCCGCGCACGAGGAGCUCCAGCAGACGCGCAUCCGGGUGGAAGGCUUGUCGGCGCAACUCAGCCAGCUGCAGAAACAGCUGUCCUCGAGCGAGGCUAAAGUGCGCGAGAUGGAGGAGAUGCUGAGCCGGGAGCGCGACACCAUGCGACGGCGGCUGGAGGAAAAGGACCGCGACAUGGCCGCCAUGCAGGCACGCCUGCAGCAGCAGCUGGACGAGUACCAGGAGCUCUUGGACAUCAAGCUCACCCUGGACAUGGAGAUCAACGCCUACAGGAAGCUGCUGGAGGGCGAGGAGGAGAGGUUGCAGCUGUCCCCGAGCCCCACGCCGGGCCGCAUGGCGGUGACGCGCACGUCGGGCUCGUCGCACGGCCACUCACGGCUCCUCCUCACCUCCUCCUCGACCGGCCGCUCGUCCUCCAAAAAGCGGCGUCUGAACGACGACGAAAGCGAUACGUCCAGCGUGACGGCGGGCGGCACCGUCACCAAGACGCGCGUGGUCCAGCACGCCGCCGCCAGUGGCCGCGUCACCGUGGACGAGGUGGACCAGGACGGCAAGUACGUCAGGCUCAGCAACAAGAGCGACGAGGACCAAUCGCUGGCCGGCUGGCAGUUGAAAAGACAAGUGGGCAGCGGCACCCCCAUCAUCUACAAGUUCCCCCACAAGUUCACCCUCAAGGCUGGAGCCACAGUCACUGUGUGGGCAGCGUCAGGUGGCGGAAGCCACACCCCCCCGACUGACCUAGUGUGGAAGGGUCAGGACUCGUGGGGAACCGGCGACCUCCUCAACACCGUCCUCAUCAGUGCCGCCGGAGAGGAAAUGGCGAGCAGAAAAGUGACGCGCACCCUCUUCCAAGAGGACGAAGACGACAUGGGAGCCCACAGCACCAGCGGCGAAAACGAGUACAACCUGCGCAGCCGCACGGUCAUCUGCGACUCGUGCGGCCAGACGUCGGACCGCGGCUCCUCCCACGGCGGUCAUGGCGGCGGCUUAGCCGAAGGCCUCGUGGGACAUUCCUUUUUCAUGCCUCAAGACCAGCCCAGACAGAAUCGUGUCAACCCCGAGAACUGUGUUGUCAUGUAAAGGCAGAUUUGGCGCCACCUCCUGUCACCGCUUGGAUGUUUUUGUUUUUUUUCCCGAACUUGCUUGUGUGUAAUCCACUUCUGGUAUGCUAGCCCUUGCUGCUAACGCUUAAGCGCACUUACUCGGGUUCACGUUGAACUCAUUGCCAGCCAUUGACGACGAUAGACGUCAAUGGCAGCCAAUGAAUUGAUGCUGUCAAAGGUCAACACGCACUGAUGGUGAGCCCUGUCCCCUAUGCACGCAGACAUAUGCACAUGAAAAUGAGUCAAAAGUUUAUCAUUCAUCAAGCAAAAAAUUUGGGCUACAAGCCUUUCAUGUUACAAAAAUAUGAAAAGUACAAAAUUUCGAGGAUUUGCUGAAAGUGAAUGUUUUUGUUCUUUUUUCAAAUCCCGGAACAUUCCAUACAUGCUAGCAUGCUAGCCUAUGUCGUAUUUCAACUUUUCAGGAAGGAGACAAAACAACUGCGUCGUUUCCGAACAUUUUCAAACAAAUGCACUCAUUUAUUUUUAAAUUUUUCAGGAAAGCUUCAUAUUCGAUAAAAUACAAGAAAAUAAUGGGAAAAUGAGAAAAGGUCAAGUGUUUUUCCUUUUUUUUCUAUACACGCUAGAUAGUAUGGUAAAAAAAAAUCGUAUCAGUUGCCUAAUAUCGCAACUUUAGCAUGACUGUUUGAUUAAAAAUGUCAUGAAUAGCUUUGCAUGCGCUAACAAUGCUAAUUUUCAUCAGCUUGUCCAUUGUUAGCAUAAUAUUAUGAACUAAAAUGCAUUUAAAAACGGCAAUAAAUUGUCCUAAUCAUUAGGAAAAGGGUCAAAUUUCACAAAAUACAAUAAAAUUUUUAAAAAGUGACAGCCAUUUUCUUUCAUUUUCAGGGAACUUCCCAUACAUGCUAGCUAGUAUUGUAGCUUUUGUCGUAAUUCCAACUUUUUCGGAAACAAAAACAAAAACAAUUAACAAAAUUAAUAAUAAUAAUAAUAAUAAUAUUUAAUUAAAAAUGUCCUGAUGCUUAAUAUCUUUGUAUUCCAUAACGUUGAUGCUAAUUUCAUCAGCUUGUCCAUUGUUAGCAUAAAUCAUAACAUGUGUUUAUAAACUGCAAUAAGUUAAAAAGGUUCAAAGACGACAAAAUACAACAAAAUAGCAAAAGGUAACUUUUUUUUUAAUGGAACUUCGAAUACAUGCUAGCUAGACAUGCUAACAUGCUAUUUCAACGUUUUGGGAAACAAGAAAAAAAACAUUUAAAUGGAUUGCCUAAUAUCGUAACUUAAUUGAAAAUGUCCUGAAUAGCUUGUAUUCCAUAAUAUCGAUGCCAAUUUUCAUCAGCUUGUCAAUUGCUAACAUAAAAUUUGUUUUAAAGCGGCUAUAAAUUGUCCUUUUUCAGAAUUUUUUUCAGAAAAGGUUCAAAGACGACAAAAUACAAGAAUAAUAAGUAACAUUUUGGUUUUCUUUCAUGGAACUUUCCAUACAUGCUAGCUGUACAUGCUAACAUGCGAUUUAAACAUUUUGGGAAACAAGGAAAAAAAACUUUGUAUUCCAUAAUAUUGAUUCAAAUUUUCAUCAGCCUGUCGAUUGCUAGCAUAACAUGGUAUAAAAUGCAUUUAAAAGCGGCCAUAAGUUGUGGAAAAGGUUCAAAGACGACAAAAUGAAAAAAGGAGACAUUUUUUUAAAUAGGACUUCCAAUACAUGCUAGCCAUACAUGCUAACAUGCUAUUACAACUUUUUUUUUUUUUUUAACUAUUUAAAAAAUAAUAAAAAUCAAAUGUAUUGCCUAAUAUUGUAACUUAAACCAAUUUAAAAUGUCCUGAAUAGCUUUGUAAUCGCUAACAUUGAUGCUAAUUAUCAUCUGCUUAUUGUUGGCAUAACAUCAUUAAAUGAAAUGUGUUUAAAGGUGCCAAUAAAUUGUCUUAAAACCGAAAAACUUCAUAUAGGACAUAGGCUAACAAUGUGCACUUACUUUUCUAAAAGUGCCGCUAAAGAUUUAUCCUUUGUUUUUAGCAUUAGGCUAACUUGGACAAUCCUCUGUUUUUCCCAAUUUAGUUAAAGUAUUUGUCUAUUUCGCAGGAUUGCAGAUUAUUAGUCAUUGUGCUUUUGUGUACCUUUCAAACAUGCUAGCAUGUCGUAUUUAAACUUUUUCGGAUACAUUAAAAAAAACCAAUUAACAAAAAAAAACAACACAUAUUAGCCUGUUGUCAUAACUUUCAAACUCGGUGUGACACUAUUUGAUUCAAAAUGCAUCGCGAACUAUCCUUGAAUUCGUUAACAUUGAUGCUAAUUUCCAUUGGCUUGUCCAAACGUUAUUGGCAACAAUUCAAGAAUUGAAAUGUUCAAACGCCGUAAUGGUCUUUUUUUUUAACCAUUUUUCAAAAAGGAUUUAAAUACGACAACCAUGCUAGUAGGCUAACAAAACGUGCUUUGAUUUCUUAAAGCGAAGCUAAAAGUUUGUGUUUUAGCAGCUGGCUAUUGAACCAUUUAGUUGCAGUCAAACGCUUGUCUAAUUUCCCCGGAUUGGAAAUUAUUUUCACCCAUUUUUUUUUCUACUUUGGCCUAAGAUAUGAAUUGAUGUGUGUCUUUUUUUGUGCUUUAUCAUGCAACAUUGUACUGUAAUCCAGCCAAUUGUUAGCCAAAGAAAGCCAAGCCUGGCGCUUAUUAAAAAAUACUUGAUGUUUUUUUUUUUUGGUAGUAUUUUGCUCCAAAAAGGUGCCUUCUUUCCAGUCAUAUCCAAAGAUUUGUAAUCGACACACGAAUGCUUGCUGUUUUGAGAUUUCCUGUCUUGAUGAAAGCCAUAUUAGUCCAUGCUGGAAUAUUUUUGUGCUUCUUUUCCAAAUAAAAUUGAGAAAAAUAUUCUUCCUUGUCUCAUUCAUGUAUUACCUUUUAUUGACAAAUAUACUGAUUUCUUGUAGGCACUGUUUGCAUUAUUCUAACACACUAUAAUCAAUCAGGAAAUAGUAUCUUUUCUCGUAUUUACCGAUCGACUGUUUUGUAUUACUCUAACACACGCAAUAUAAAAUAAAUAGCACUUAUACCAUAGUUUAAGAAAAACAAGCAGAAUAUAUUUGCUAUAGGGCAUAAGAGAUAUAUGACGCCUUCUUAGGAGCAAGAUUGACCCUGACAAGCCCACGUCUGCACCACCAACUCUCGCAAUCAGUUCUUCCGGACAGUCCAGAACAAAUGGCGGGACGUCCUGUCCCAACACAAGGAACACCGGAGAUUGCCCGAUAUCCAACUGAUAACAUAACUGAUAAGACUCCAAGAGCCCCUUUGACGCCGAGGUGGCAAAAUCCACAAACCUCGUUGCCCUGACAACAGUAACUCCCGAAUCCCCUGUCCAAUCCACAAACAGACAAUAAUCCCAAACACACCCUUCUUCCUGCCCACGAACCACCUGACGAGAGCCUUCAACAAGGUUUAACUAAGCGUUGUCAUUUUUCUCGGAAAACUUUUAUUGAGGUGUGAUAUGGCGACUUUGGAGCGAGUCUGCCUCCUCGCCUGAGUCAGUUUUGUUUUGCCUUGCCAUUUGAUCGCUGUUGACCUGAAUAAAUUGUCAACUUGUUUUCAGUGAGCUUUCUUUUAACCUUUCAAAAUGGAGCCAGUAUGAAGAGUUU